ACAUGUUAUGCGGUGACAAAAUAAACUCCAAGCUAGUCUGUGUUUAGGAACAAAAACAGUGAGUUGUCAGGGUUUCCCUCUGCUACAGUCAGUGAUGGGUAAAUGAAUCACACGAUCUCCUCGGGCAAUGAAGUAAGAGGCUAUUUAAAGCCUAAACCAUAACCUCUGUCAGCUGCGGUAUUGUCUGGUAUUACAUUCAUUUCGUUAGUUUCACUAUGAUGUUUACUACAGUGCUGUUUUUUUUGGUGCAACACAGUGAAAUCGUCGGCGUUAGUCUAUUGCUGAAUGUCAGGAUAGUAACCAAUACCUCGGUCCUCUUAUGGGGAGACGGAACGUACUGUUUUCCAGCCCGCCCUCCUCAGUCCUCCCCCCUGUCUGUCUUGCUGGUCCUGUACAUGUCAUUUUGCCUGCGCGGGGUAAGUUACACAACCAGCCCGACAUGCAAAAUAGAAACACGUGUCUAUAGGCGGUGCUAAAAAAUACAGGUUCUGUGAAUAACAACGACAGUCAAACACCCCAUAGGACGGACAAACAGCCGUGUCGCAGGUUAUUUAAGCGGUUUUCAGCCUGCAGGUUUGAUCAUGGAUUUGAAUUGGAUAUGAGAGGUGCGGACUCAACAUGUGUUUUCCUUCCAGAGAGGACAAUGAUACGAACAUGAUCAGCGCCGAUGGCUUCUCAAAAUGCGAGGCGACUCUGCAAGAGAGAUCGAGGAGGAGGCCCCCCGCAGAGAUGCUCCAUCUGCUGUCAGCUGUUAUUGUUUGGCUUGUGACGGGAACCACCAUCUCUAGCCUCAACAAAUGGAUAUUUGCCGUGUACAACUUCAGGUACCCUCUGCUGCUGUCAGCGCUGCACAUGCUGACAGCCAUAGUGGUGGACUAUGGACUGAUCAAACUGCAAGUGAUCCGCAAAAAAGGGGCUGCAGUGCAGGUGCUGACCCACAGCGCAAAAUGUAAGGUGUUCCUGUUGAGUCUGACUUUCUGUGCCAGUAUCGCUUUUGGGAAUAUGGGUUUGAACUAUGUACAGCUGUCAUUUGCACAAAUGAUCUACACCACCACCCCAAUCUUUACUUUGGCCAUCUCCACACUGAUCCUGGGCAAGCAACACCAUUUUCUCAAGUACACAGCCAUGAUGCCCAUCUGCCUGGGAGCCUCCUUCAGCAUCAUGGGAGAGGUCCAGUACGAUCAGACCGGCUGCUUCUUUGUGUUUGCAGCGACCAUGUUGAGGGGCGUCAAGUCCAUUCAGCAGAGCAUCUUACUCCAGGAGGAGAAGAUCAACUCUGUGUUCCUGCUCUACCUGAUGUCCAUUCCCAGCUUCUGCAUCUUGGCCGUGGCCGCUCUGGCGUUGGAAAACUGGGCUGUGCUGGAGUCUCCGCUUCACUACGACCGCCACCUGUGGGUCUUCAUCUUGCUCAGCUGCCUGGGCUCAGUCAUGUACAACCUGGCCAGCUGCUGCGUCAUCACGCUCACCUCCGCCGUCACCCUGCAUAUCCUGGGCAACCUGAGCGUGGUAGGAAACCUGCUGCUGUCUCAGCUGCUUUUCGGCAGCGAGCUCUCCGCCCUGAGCUGCGCCGGCGCCGUGCUCACAUUAUCCGGCAUGCUCAUCUAUCAGAACUCAGAGUUGAUCGUCAGCUUCCUGGACGCACGCAAAGCCAAAGCUGAAAAGUCUGAACAUGCAGACCUGGACAAAACUAGUGAAUCUGAACCGACACAUCCUCAGCCGAGAGCAGACGGGAAACAGGAAGACAAGAUAGACUGAACAGAGAGGAUGAAGGAGAGGAUAAAAGGUUGAAGGAUGAAAAGCCUCUUGCUGUAGUUGUGAGUGUCUUUAAGUGGUCAAGAGCAGCAGAGGGCGUGUGACCUCAUAAGGCCAUGAUCACUGAUGAUGUGACAGAUUUUAUUUUAUUUUGCCUAUAUCCUCACUGUGCCAGUCAAUCUCUUCUCUGGUCACACCGAAGAGGAGUCUGCAGAGAGGAAGAGCUAGCCUUUACUUGUCAUGGUGAUGCUGAAUUCUCUCCUUCAUCUGUAGAUCACUCAUACAUAGCCUAUAGCGAAUAUGCAUGCAUGAGCACACCGAGCUGUUUGAAACCUCAUGAGGUAUUCACACUGUCAGUACUCUACUGUGAAAAUGGUCUCGAUAACAGAGGGCUCUGAGUGAUGUUUGGGGCGGUGGUCGUGGAUCCUGCGGAGAGCCUGGUGUGAGAGAUCACUCCGUCAAAUCUGAACGGGCACAAUUUGUACUAAAAAUAUAUUUGAAAUGGUACUGUUACCUGACAUUCACCCGGCCCUGUCAUGGCGAGGGACUGGGAUUUUGGCAGCUUUUUUUUGUUUUGUGAAGCGGGCAGCUUCUUAGAUAAGGACACUAAACAUUUUAUUCAGAGGCAGAAGUUACAAUGAUGGACAAAGCCAACAUAUCUGUGCAAUGAGACAACUCUUUUCCUCUACCGAAGCACAUUUCUAACUUAAAGAUGCCUGCAUGUUUUGUUAUAUCAACCUCAGUAUGGCUGCCCAGGCCUAGAUUUAGUUCUCAGGCAGUCUCAGUAGAAUAAAUCCAAUUAUUUCCAUCAGUGCGCUCCUCACUGCAGCUUUCCUCAAUAAUUAGGUUCACCAGUUCUCUAAGGAGUGUCACUCAACUUUAGCCGUCUUGUCCCUGUGGAAGAGAUAAGGAAAAAGACAAUUAAGAUGUCCUUUAAGGUUGCUUCUUAAGUCCAAACUAAUGCCUGAAGUAAGGUGUGUUUUUCCGCUCUCUGUGAGGGACAUCUUCUUAAAGUUGGGAACACUUCCUGGAAAACUGACCUCUGCUGGAUAGUGUUAUGUUUUUUUUCUUUCAGUUUUUGAAAAGCAUUUUGAUGACAUUAUUUUAUUUUGUUGACAAAUCACAUCUUAUCCCGCUCUUAAUAUUUUUGUGGAAGAAAAUAUUUAUUUUUGGAUGGCCAGAGCUGGCUUUGUAAUGCUGUAGAUGUUGGUCCUGAAGUGUCUUGCACAUGCAUACGUUUGAACAUGAGAGUGAUGUCUGUUACUGUGAGAUCCCUCCGACAUGUACGGUGUGCCAAAUGUCUCCGAAAGAUUUCUGGUCCCACUCCCAAAAUAUUUGUUUCGUUAUUAAUCAAACACCAUCCUUGCUCACCGACAGUUUGAUGUCCCACAAGACCACGAAAACAACAAAGCCAUACGUCAAGGUUUUUUAUUUACGACACCCACCACAUUUGAUCUAUAUUUUGCCAUAAAAAUAACUGCAGGCAGCAUUGUUUGCUUAAAUAUUUCACUAUUGCAUAUUUAAUAUUUCAGGGGGGGGCCAUUCAUACAAUUACAUCACAUCAUACAUACACCCCAGUUGGGAGAAUACACAUGAAUGGGUUUUGAUUUUCAGCCACUAUAGGUUCAUAGAUCGUGUACAGCAGAUCAUUUCACUGGUUUUACAUUAUUGAAUACCUCAGAUGUUAAAUAAGAAUUGUUAUGCCCUGUGUUCUUUUGUUAUUAACUAUUAGACUGAGAUCAAGCAGCUUUACACCCACCACAAUAAAACUGCAGCAUGUGAAUGAUUUUUCUGUGUUCAGUAGCCCACAGAUGUUAACAUAUUUAAAAACACACUCAUGUUGUCUCCAGUGACUCCAUCUUUUAGUUUAACCUCUUUUAACAAUCACUAACCUGUGGGAGUUGGGCUGCCUCUUCUCAUGUACACCAUGUUGAGCAGAUUGUGAGUGUGGGGCAAAGAAACUGUUGCACUUAAAGAGGUCACGAAGACGCCGCCUUCAAAGCCUACAGUUCCUGUGUAAAUACUGGUUUAAACUUUGCAAAGCUAGUUUGGUGUACAUAGUUAUUUUAUAGUCAUAUAUAUAUGGCUGGUUUAAGCUAAACUGGUUUCAGAAUGAAGCGUUUGCCUCAUGCCUUAUUUGGACAUAAUGUAGAUAAGACAGAAGUUAUUUUAGUUGUCAUUUUGUCCAUUUUUUUGAUCCAUACAGCUGGUGCUUCUGUUAAGGGGUGAAGAAAUGGGCGUUUCAUAAACACUUCAGAUGCUUGAAUAAAAAUAAAAAAGUACAAUAACAAUUACCAAACCAACAA